AUGGAUCCCAGCAGUGACUACCAUUUCCUCAAUCAGAUUUUGUGGAGAAGGGUGAAACUCACGUUGGUUUGCGGCAUCUUUGAGGGAGUACUCCAGCAUGUGGACCCUAACAAGAUUGUUGUCCUGAAGAAAGUGAAGAAUGUAGAGACUGGUCGGAGCGUUCCAGGAGUAAAGAUGUUUUUUGGGUACGAGAUUGUGAACGUGGAACUACUGGAUGAAGUGGAACAAGGAGCAAUGAGAGAAAAGACAUCUUCUGUCAGUGUAAAUACAGAAAGAACCAAGAUGGAUAAAGAUGAAGACCUAAACAUAUGUGAGCCUCUUUCUCUUGGCUCUGAGGCACCAGCCACCACCCUGCUGAAUGACCUCAAAUACAGCCCAUCAGAGGAAGAGGUGGUGACAUACACAGUCAUUGAUCAGUUCCAGCAGAAGUUUGGUGCUGCAAUGCUCCACAUCAAGAAGCAGAGUGUCCUGAGUGUGGCAGCAGAAGGUGCUAAUGUGUGUCGUCAUGGGAAACUAUGUUGGCUUCAGGUGGCCACAAAUAGCCGAGUUUACUUAUUUGACAUUUUCCUUCUGGGAAGUCGUGCUUUCAACAAUGGACUUCAGAUGGUAUUAGAAGACAAGAGAAUUUUGAAGGUUAUCCAUGAUUGUCGUUGGCUUUCUGAUUGCCUCUCUCAUCAGUAUGGAAUUUUGCUGAAUAAUGUCUUUGACACACAGGUAGCAGAUGUCCUUCAAUUUUCCAUGGAAACAGGUGGCUUUCUUCCAAACUGCAUCAGUUCUUUAAAGGAGAGUUUAAUCAGACACCUUAAGAUGGCCCCUAAAUAUCUCUCCUUUCUGGAAGAGAGACAGAAAUUGAUUCAGGAAAAUCCAGAAGUGUGGUUCACACGACCUCUUUCACCCUCUUUGCUGAAAAUUUUGGCUCUAGAAGCUACCUACCUACUACCCCUUCGUUUGGUACUCCUGGAUGAUAUGAUGUCUGAUCUAACCACCCUUGUGGACGGGUACCUAAACACCUACCGAGAAGGGUCUGCAGAUCUCCUGGGAAGCACAGAGCCUACAUGUAUGGAGCUUCCUGAAGAACUGCUUCAACUCAAGGACUUCCAGAAGCAGCGCAGAGAGAGAGCUGCAAAAGAAUACAGUAUGAAUGCACAGGGACUCCUAAUAAGGACAGUGCUACAUCCAAAGAAAUUGGUGACAGAGACAGGAGGGAAAGGGGGGAAUGAAAGGAUUUCCUUACUUUGUAAAAACUCUAUGCUAGAUGGAACGCCAAGUUUUACAUCUCAUCGGGAUGUAAAUUUGCUGAAAGAAGAAUCUAAAAAUAAACAAGCUUUGACAGAACCUCAGCAUCUACCUACCACGAAGGAAGAAGCCAGUGAGGAUUUUAUCAACAAACUCAUUUGCCCUGAGUCAGAGGUGCCAGAGGAAGAGGGAAUAAUAACCCAAAAAGAACACAGUAAGAUCCUCAAACUCAAAGAGUUUCAGACAAGUUUAUCUUUGAAAGAGAAGAUAGCACAGUUACUGAUGGUGGAAAACCAGGAAGAUCUAAAUUGCACAAAACAAGAUGUUUCAGUGUCUCCUUCCCUUCCUCAGGAAACCGAAGUAUCUCCAAGUGACACCUUUCAUCCUUUUAGAAAAGCUGUGCUUCCCACACUUCCUCCCUGUCCAGCCUUGGAGAAAACCGAUUCUUGGAUAAAUCUGUCUCCACAUUUAUCUUAGAGAUGUGCAAUUUAUUCUUGAGACCGUGAACGUGGCUCAUUUCCUCUGCCAAUAGGGCCUUCCUCAGUGCUUCAGUUUGUCAUGUUGUAAAUUUAUUUUUGCCUCAGUCUCAAAGGAAUGAAGGCUUCAGGGAAAAUUAUAUCUUCUUGCUUAUAUGCCUAGAAUUUGAUUAGGAGGGAAUGAAUAAGUUAAAUAAUGGGAGAAGAAAAAUUUUUGAUUAUGUCACUGUGCAGAAAUGUUCUCAGUGGUCACAGCGAAUAAUUUAUCAUAAUUUGGGUUUAGAGGAUUUGAGAAGGGGAAAAAUCUUGGGGCUAGUCUCUGGAAGAAUCUAUACUUUUAAACUUUUUUUUUUUUAAUGUAAGCUCUAUGCCCAAAGUGGGGCUCGAAUUCACAACCCCAAGUUCAAGAGUUACAUGCUCUACUGACUGAGACAGCCAGGCGACCCUGACUUUUAAACUUCUGUUGUAUUUUUUUAUUUGAAGGGGGUUGGUAAAACUUGUAUCAAUAAGUUUAAAAAAAAUUGGUACCUGGGGCAGCCCUGGUGGCGCAGUGGUUUAGCACCGCCUGCAGCCCAAGGCGUGAUCCUGGAGACCCUGGAUCGAGUCCUGCGUCGGGCUCUCUGCAUGGAGCCUGCUUCUCCCUCUGCCUGUGUCUCUGCCUCUCAUUCUCUCUGUGUGCCUCUAUGAAUAAAUAAA